AUGUCACAGAAUCCCCCAAAACCAAGCUUUCUAGCAGACCAUCUGAGGUCUGUCCGACUCUUUUUGAAGAAGUGCAUCAAGCCAUCUGGAAAAGAAUUCUCGAUGUCGAUGAAGCGCCAUGCCAUUGGAAUAGGCUUUCUUGGGAUCCUGGGAUAUGCGAUAAAGCUGAUACACAUUCCAAUUAAUAAUAUUAUUGUGAGUGACCCAAACAAGAAAUAA